CGGCUGCUCCUAUUUGUUCCCGCUCUGCUCAGGGACUGAGUACUGAGUACUGAACGUGAACCUCACCGAAUGCUUGAUGCUCGACGAUUCUCACCCGCUAAUAUCAGAAAUCGAUAGCCUCAGAUCCGCAGUUGCUCGAUUUCAGGACGAAGCACACAAUGCGUCCGUGAAACUUCAACGGUUCUCCUUCGACACUUCCAACACACAGGACCGAAUUGGUUCCCUCGAACGAGAAAAUGAAAUACUUCGGAAGGAGCUGGUGACUCUCAGGACGAAUCCUCAUCCAGAUUCAACACCCGAAUCGCACCCAGCCGCUCAGCGGUCACGAGAACUCACACUUACUCUUCGAAAACUUUCAGAAAAGUUGACAUUAACUGAAGAUGCUCUUCAGACUCGUACGACAGAGUUGACUCAUGCAAGCAGCGAAGUAGCCAAGUCGAGAGCUUCAGCUGAACUGGCAUAUGCUCUAGCUGCCCAGAUCAGAGGAAGAGAGGAAGAGGGGAAAGUUAGGGAAAGGGAAUUGGAGAGAAAGGUUAUGGAAGCGAAGGAGGAAACGAAGAUGUCAGAUUUAGUCGUUAAGGAGUAUGCUGACCUUGUACGGUCGCUGGAAGGCAGACGCGCGGACGCCGGAGCACCUUCAUCGGCUCGGACAAUGGUCGACAGUCUGUCCGAAGGCAAACUGGGACUUCAACGGCUUUUCAACGACUUCUCUGCCGAGUCAGAGAAGCUACAGGCUGAAGUAACACGAUUGCAAGGUCAGCUCGCCGAAGCGGAAAGUCGAUGUGAGGUUGAGAGAAAGGGAGCGGAAGCAGACCGUGUUGUAUUGGCGCGAACGACGCACGAGUUAGAAAAGCUUCGAUUGGAGGAUAAGACGGCUUCGAAAAUGGUGUCGCGAUACAUGCGAUUCUCGCAAGUAUCGACGAAUGCUCUUCAGGUCUCCGUGAAUACCCUCAAAACGCGUCAUUCAGCCACUAUUGAUACCCUUACUUCUCAAAUUGCUGAUAUCUCACGUCAACUGUAUGCUUCGGAGGCUGCAGAAGGCAAACUGCGAACCACCCUAGAUGAACUCGGCAAAGAUAUCAUGCGAGAGGCUUUUGGGAGGCGUCGUGAAAUCGCGUUGCGGUUGAGGCUCGUAUCGCGAGAACAAGUGCUGAACGACGGGCUGGAGAGAUUGGUUAGACGACUAAAUGAAGCUUUUGAGAGGCAAAAGCUGGAUGCGGAUACAUUGAAGAGAGUACUGGAGGAUUCCCGAGCUUUGUUAGCUUCUGUCAGCGGUUCGGAUGAGAUCACUUCUGAAAUGGGUUCGUUAGCUCGCAUCGUGGCGGCAGAGAGUGCAGUUCAUGGUUUGAUAGAGGAAUUGAGGGUUGAGAAAGAGAAGAGGAUAUUUUUAGAGACCCCAUUGCCAAUGCACGAAACCCUUCCACAGAACGGGUCGGCAAAUGGACAUAUCGACCAUAACGAAGUGCAAGACAAGAGUUUACCACAAACGCCACCUGACGAAAAUGGGCUGGAUGUACAGAACUCGGGCUCAUCGUCAUUAGCGGCAUCCCCAGUCUUGUCAUCAGCACCAAAUGAACCGUCGCUUCCUGUGGAAGUCUCGCUUUGUGAAGAGCGGCCGCGGACAUUAGAUCCUGCGUCGGAUGCUUCCGUUGCAUCAACAACCUCAGAUGUCGCAAUGCCUACUCUUGGAAGCCAAGUAGAGGGGGAAAGCCAUGCAUCGGCUUUCCCUCUAGAAGAAGCUGAACUGCCAAUAAGCAAUACUACGAUGGUUGUUCGGCAAAACGUUGACACUCAAUCCCCUCGAGGGUUCGAAGCCCUAACAACUCCCCCUCAACUCACAUCUGUCCCUAACAUUCCCGUAACUUCCCUCUCUCCCCCACAUUCUGAAAACAUUACUUCGGCCGACGCUGACCGUGACCUAUCCCAACCCGUCUUGAAUCCUUCCAUCAUUACUGGAGAACCCACAUCACUAACGGAGAUGGAGGCUUUGCCGAUCAUCGAGGAACCUCAUCCAUUACUUGCUGAGCUCCAGAAGGUCGGCAAGAGGUAUGAUGACCUUCAACGUUCAUUUAGAGAUUGUCAUCUUGCCCUGCAGGAUCUAAGGAAACAAAAGUCGGGCAUGUUACCGGAACACUUGUUCCAUGUCACGGUUGAUAGGCUAGACGACUUCGCGGAGGACGCAAGGGUCGAAUUGGAGAUACGGGUUGCAGAUGAAGCGUUGAUGAUGCAAGGAUACGAAACGAUGUUAUCCCUCCCAAGCGCGGUUUCGACCUUGCCUGUUCACACACGAACAGCAUCAGGAGAAUCGAUUGCCACCACGCCUACGCUGCACGAACUUGAAAUGCAGAUACAGGCGUUCAUAUCCGGAUCUGAUCCUGUCGUACAUAAGGCACGACACAAUUCGGAACAUAAACUCGCUGAUGUUCAACAUGACAUUGCGAAGCUCAAACUGGCGAUUCAUGAACCGCCCAACUCGGGGGAGCUACAGUCGGAACUAGCAGAACACCCACUGCUAUCCUCUCACUCUCCUUCUCAGAACUCGGGAGGAUGGGCCUCUUGGCUAUCUUCGUCGACUUCUUCCCGUUCGUCAAGCCCUGGUCCGGCGCCGACGUUUGGAAAUGUCAUGACGACUCCGAGAUUGAGGCAUGCGUCUUCUAUCAAUCGUUUGAAACAACAGGUAUCGUCGCCUUCGAGAGAUGCUAAUCAUGAUUAUAAUCCUUUCUCGAGUCUUGGAUUGAAGAUCGCUAUGCCCAGCAUUAAUAAUAGCGGCAGCACCAUCAGCGGCAAUCCUGCUAUUUCUUUUCCCUCCCAGAAUAGUUCUUCGCCUAUGACUUCACACAGGAUUCGGACGGUUUCUAUGCUAGGUUUGGGAAGGCCUGGUCCUGGAAGGCCGGGGUCUGGUGCUACGAGGGUUUUCAGUGCUGGCCCCGUGAGCACCACAGGCGCUCUGUCACGGUCGAUAAGUGGGAUCAGUACUGUGGCCGUUGAGAAUGCGUCGGAAGAAGAGAUUGAGUGACGGACUAUAGUAUUUAUCUUUUAUUAUCUUUCAUUAUCUUUUAUGGAAGUUCAAUUUGGAAAGGAUUUAUCUACGGUAGACUAAGGAAACUGCUUGAAGGUCCUACUGUGAGUAGCUUCAGGGUAUCUUCGACAAGGCGGCG